AUGACGAACUGGCCUCCAGUCAACAUCAAUUCAGCGACGCAUCCAGCCGGGAAAGCAGCCGGGAAUACAUCUGGAACCUCAGCGACGAAUCCAACAAGCAAUGUAGCCUGGAAUGCAGCCGGAAAUACAGCUCCGACGAACAGAUCUAGUUCGCAGGAGGUAACAUACGAUCCUCAAUCGCAAUCUAAUCCGUAUUACUUAUACAUUAACGAGAAUCCAGAACUGGAACUCGUUUCCUUCCCUUUGGAUGGAUCCAAUUAUCAUGCCUGGGCUAGGGCCAUGACAAUGGCAUUGUCCUGCAAGAAUAAAGUGGCUUUCAUUAAUAGAAUUAUCAAGAAACCUCCCCAAGAUGACCUAGAAAGAUACUAUGUCUGGGAGAGGUGCAAUAAUAUUGUAUGUGCGUGGAUUGUUCGAACUCUUUCGCCAACUAUUGGUCGAAGUGUCUUUUGGAUAGACACAGCCUAUGGCAUUUGGAAUGACUUGAAGAGACGAUUCAGUCAACAAGAUCUGUUUAGAGUUGCUGAGAUCAUGUGUGAAAUAUACCAGACAAAGCAGGGAGAUGAUUCUCUAAAUGAAUAUUUCACAAAACAAAAGUUGCUAUGUGAUGAGUUGGUCAUACUCAGGCCUCCAAAGAUUUGUACCUACACCAAUAAGUGUGAAUGUGGAAAGAAAUUGGAUGAGGUAAUUGAACAGGGAGAAAAAGACAAACUAUCCAUCAUCCUAAUAGGUCUACAUGAGAGGUACACUGCUGCUAGGAAUCAGAUCAUGCUAAUGAGACCUUUGCCUGAUGUCAAUGAAGCAUAUUCCAUGAUUGCUCAAUAA